AUGGCAAUACACUUUAGACCGUUUUUAUUUUUGGUUCUGGUUCUAGCACCACUCCCCACCUUAGAGGGUUCCCGAAGAACACUUCAGGCCAUGUCCCCUGUACCUUCACCAUUCUACCACUACCGCCACUCAGCGCCUGCUUCAUCUCCAGCACCAGUACCACAACCUCCACCAAAGCUGACACCACCACCUUCAUCUGGCGGAGGCAGCAGUGGCGGCGGUGGUGGUUUUGUGCUGCCACAAAAUCGCGGUGGUGGGUCCUCUAAAGGACUGAGCGGGGGACAAAAGGCUGGGAUAGUAUUUGGAGUUUUAGCGGGUGCGGGUUUGAUCGGGUUUGCUACGGUUGUGUUCAUGAAACGCAAGAGCAAUAUCCGGCGAGCACGUUUUGGUGUAUUAGCUAGAAGAUCUCAACUUUGA